GGGCCGCCGGGCGGGCGGGGACGAGCCGCAGCCGCAGCGAGGACGGGCAGAGCCGCGUCCCCCCGCGGAGCUCAAGGGCCUGGCACGCGACCCCCGCCCUCCGCGGGGACCCUGGGCAGCCGGUCUGGAAAAUAUUCAGCAGAUUUGCCAAAUACAGCAGAUUUGCCAUUGGAGAACAGAGGCUUUGGUAUUUCAAAACAGAAGAUUUUUAGACACUGCUUUUGAAAUGAUUUCAAAUCAAUGUUUUUAAAGGCCCACCAAGACCAUCACUAUGACCGAUGGGGACUAUGAUUAUCUGAUCAAACUCCUGGCCCUUGGAGACUCGGGGGUGGGGAAGACAACGUUUCUUUAUCGAUACACAGACAAUAAAUUCAAUCCCAAGUUUAUCACAACAGUAGGAAUAGACUUUCGGGAAAAACGCGUGGUUUAUAAUACACAGGGACCAAAUGGAUCAUCAGGGAAAGCAUUUAAAGUGCAUCUUCAGCUGUGGGACACCGCAGGACAAGAGCGAUUCCGGAGCCUUACCACUGCAUUUUUCAGAGAUGCCAUGGGUUUCUUAUUAAUGUUUGACCUCACCAGUCAACAGAGCUUCUUAAAUGUCAGAAACUGGAUGAGCCAACUGCAAGCAAACGCUUAUUGUGAAAAUCCAGAUAUAGUAUUAAUUGGCAACAAGGCAGACCUGCCGGACCAGAGGGAAGUCAAUGAAAGGCAAGCCCGGGACCUCGCUGACAAAUACGGUAUACCAUAUUUUGAAACAAGUGCCGCGACUGGCCAGAAUGUGGAGAAAGCGGUGGAAACCCUUCUGGACUUAAUAAUGAAGCGAAUGGAACAGUGUGUAGAGAAGACACAAGUUCCCGACACUGUCAAUGGUGGAGACUCUGGAAAGCUAGAUGGGGAAAAACCAGCAGAGAAGAAAUGUGGCUGUUAGACUCUACCUAGGAACUGAUCAUCAAAACCCCCACCCAAAUAUUACUUCCAAAAAACAGUGACAAACCACAAAAUCGUUGUUGAGUAGACCAUGCAUAAUGGCAUGUCUUUUCUUUUCUGCCAGAAAAAAUCUAUUUUACGAAACCAGAAUAGUCAACAGUGUUCCAAAGAAUUGACCAGUUGUCUCUGAGGCACCCUCCAAACAAGAUCAAAGAUUUUCUAAUGUGAUCUCACUGUCACGGAUGCUCAGUUUGCUUUUUCUUAAAAAGAAAAUGAAUAUGUAAGAAAGUAUUCAAGAUGAUAUCAAUAAGUUUUAAAUCAGAAAAAAAAAUUGCCAUGUCAUAUGGGGGAAAGGGAUAGGCCACUAAAGGAAGAAUAUAGAAUGGCGGGUUUUUUUGUUUGUUUUUUAAAGAUUGGAUUUACUUCUUAUAUAAAAUUUGGUUUAUACUUUUAGUUUUGCAUUGGGGGAAUAUAUUAGCUAAAAAUGGGUAUACAAUGAAGAAGUCUAAAAGGAUCAUUAAUAAUGACUACUAUAUAUACCCAAUAAGCUGUCUUAAGGUGACUCAAGUACUGGUAAGGUUAUACGAUUGUGAAUCAGAUUUUUGUUAAAAUGUGGGAGCCUGGAUAUUAAUGUCGUUUUUAUACUCUUAAUAAAUGGCAGAUAGACAAGAACAGGACUGUGGACGACAGAGUACAAGAGAAAUGCCCUGGGAGAAAAAUGAAAGUAUGAAAACAUGGCAUUUGGACAAAUGAAAUUAAAUGUGUCUGUUACAGAUGUCUGGAAGAAUCAUUUAGCCAAAUUUCACUCAAGCCAAUUAGAAGUUGACAUUAUCAGUUGGGAUUAAGAAUCUCCAGAGGUUUCCCCUUCCAAACAAAAUUUUGGAAUUCGAUUGAGUGUUCAGUUUCAUCUGAACAUCUCAUUUUUCUUGGUAAAGGGUCACGAGGAGAAAUUAAAGUUGUCAUUUAUUAAAUAUGUCUUGAAAAAUGCAGUCAAGAAAAAUUAUUUAGCUUUAAUUGUUUUUAGAUAAACUAUGUUGGUGAUAUGAAAACAAAAGUGACUAAUAACUGUGGGUUUCUUUUUAAUUUACAAAAGUAUUGGAAACUCUAAAUCACAUUUCUACUCUCCAUGCCCACCCCUGACUUUGAAUCAAUUAUAAAAAUACAGGUGUGUUGCUUUGUAGAUCAACAACUUUAGGAUGAUGGAUUGAUUUUAUGGUCACUCUGAGUUUUCAGGUCAUUUGUCACAUAAAAAUUGAUGAUGCCUCAUGCCAUAUUACAAUAUAUUUCAUAUUUGUUUUCAUUUCUGCCUAUGGAAAAACAACCACGUUUGGUUAAAGAGUAAGGCAGGAUUGGAGCUGUGUCUUUUCUCUCUAAAAAUUUGGUUAAUCACUUUAUUUUUUCACAUAAAACAGCCUUUUCUUUUAAAAAUCAUUGCAAAAGGAUUUUCCAUUGGCCUAUUCUUAUUGUGCCUAAACUGGUAUGGCAUUGCCUUUUUAUUUUUGUUUUUGAUAAGCAUAAGCAACUUCUAUUAAACUAUUAUUUAAAUAUUUCAAUCAGUUUUAUCAGUAACAAAGGCAUCACACUCCAGAUUUUCUCUUUUUAUCAUGAGUAUAUAAUUUCAAAAGGAUGGUCUUCUUCCUAUAAAAUUUUGUCAGUUAAACUUCAUUUUUUCCACACUCUGUGCAUAUUUUUUAAGUGAUAAACAUUAGAAACCCUAAAUCACAGUCCUGCCAUUCCCCCCUUGAACCUCUCUCUACAGUCGACAUCUGGUAUGAAAUCCAUUUUAGGAACACAGAUCCGAGGGAUUGUCUAAAAUAUCUUGCAAAAUUCUCAGUGUGAACUCCUCAGUCCCUCUUAUUUCUACAGCAUAAUGCCAGCUUCUAAGAUCCAUCAUGCUUGGGUAUUACCUCCAGUGGUGUUUUUCUCUACGAUGUGAUUCAUGACCUCAGUGCCUGAGCCAUGACAAUAGAAAUCUACUAGCUGAUGUCCAGCAUGUUUUGACUGAAAGAAAAGUGAACAGAAACAAUAUAAUCAUUGCGAUGGCAAAAUUUGGUAAAUGUCUAUGGUCAUUUUAUUGACUCUUCCUUGGAUCAGGUUAUGAUGCCCCUGGCAUUUCCCUAAUAGGGAGUGUUUAGCCUUUAUGAAAUCCUAAAGGUAUUCUAUUUUGGGUUUGUUUUUCAGUUUCUACUCUUUUUCCAGUUAUAUGAUUGACUUACUUUUGCCAAGGUUCUGUCAUUGCCAGUUACUUGACGAACAUUUAUUCAGGGUCUAUUUUAAGAUCAUUAUUUGAUAGCUGUAGCAUGAAGCAGAGGGUGACGAUGCCUAUAAUUAUAGAACUCUGCCUAUAAAAAUAACAAUUAUUGGGCAACAGUCUCAAGAGGAAUGAAAUUUAAAGAAGACAAGAAAAUUAAUUUAAAAUAGCAUUCUACUUAUAAAUAAGUACUUGACCUAAGAAAGAUAUUUUUUUCUUUUCAAGUUUGACAUCUAAUCCCAAAUUCUGUGUCACCAUUGCUGCAAAUGCCUUCACUUAUUAUUACAGAAUUAAUUAUUAUGUGUAUUUCAUUUUACAAUUUCGAAUUGAUUUGGGACCAUGAAGUAUACAGGCUGCUUCAAAGAACUGCAUACCUCCUUUAACAAAACAGCAUGUAUUUUUAGCCAAGAUGUAUCCUGUUACUUGUUAUCUCCCAAACGCUUUGGUAAACCAUACUGUAUUUGGGGGAAAUAUUUAAAAUGUACAUGAAAUUCCUUUCUGAUAUAGAAAUCAUUUCUGGAGUGCUUACACUAGUUUGAUGUUUACAUUGCUCUAACACAGUGCCUCAAAUACCUCUAUGACCAAAUUUGUCUCCAACCAUAUAGCUCAUUUCCUAUUAUAUCAUAUCUGAGAAAGGCCUCACAGAGACACCAAUGCAGCUAAAGGUAUUCUAAUAUCUUCAGCAAAGGGUUCAGGAUGUUAUUAGCAUCUGCAGAUUAUUACCACCAUCUUCUGGUCUCCUAAACUGCUCAUGGAAUGAGAGUGGGCAUUGCCUGAGACUCAACUGUGAGUAGGUACAAAGUUACCUUUUAAUACAAAAAAAAAAAAAAAAUCCUUUGAAAAACAUAUCAAAAAUAGCUGAGAAAGCACUUUUUUUUUUUUUUGGUAUGACAAGGGUCACCAGUCAUGAAUUGGCAAAGAGAAAUGCUGCAUGCUAGGAAUCGAGCUCGUGGGUCUCUGCAUAAGUUUUAGAAUCACAAGUCACCACUCUAGUUGAUUUUCUCUCAUUUCCACAGAACCAGCUAUACAUUGCAAAAAACUCAAAACCAGCAUUUUCUAAAGUAAAUAUUUCAUCUGUUGUUUUUAACCAGAUGGGCCAUUCUGUGUAUCAGUGGGUGUCUUUGUUUUGCUUCCAGCCUAAGUUAUUCUCUGCCAGCCUGUCAAGGUAAAAUGAAUUGGGCGAGAGUUUUAAUCAGACCUUUUCCGUCUCCAAUGUAAAAGAGAGAAGCUUGACCAUCGAGAAGUACAGGACCACAUUAAAACUUAUUUAAUAACAGCCAAAACAUUCUAUAAACUGUAAGUUGAAUCAACGGGAAACCAACAAAUUUGAUGAAGCUCAUAUAUCAGCUAGAGGGAGAGGCCGUAUGUGUAACAGUGAACAACUAGGUAUAGUGGAAAUCCAGUACCUGUGUGUAUGACACAAAAUUAUUCACCAUUCUGUAUCUCUCUUCACUUUAAAAAAGGGUACAUAUGCUUUCCUCAGUAUGUAUCACAGUAUAAAACAUUGAGGAAAGAUUCUCAUCCAUACAGAGUCUUGGAGUUAUGAGCUCAAACUCAGAUUAUAAAGAGAUAAUAUUGAAGUUUCUGGUUUUCUAAGAUACUUAACUCUUUAAAAGAGAGAUCUGAAAGCUGGUAUCAGCCAAAGAGAUGGAAAAGUUGUCUUUCACCCAAUACCACCAAGUUUUAAAACAUUAAAAGACAGCUAAUAUAUGUAAAUAUUUUAGGGAAAGCUUUAUUAUCUUUAAAGAUGUCCAGAUACUGUCUAUAUUUGAAAAAAUUGUCUGAGAAUUCACCAAAACUGUAUUUUCUUCUUGAUCUUUGAUCAAUAUGAUAUAAACUUAUUUCUGGGGGAGUGCUAAGCUCUUAAACAUGGAAGGUAGAAGUUGAAUCUUAGAUGAGUGUUAUUGCAAUGCUUUAUAAACCUGUGAAGAUAUCUGUCUCAUAAAGAAGGACUGACAAAAAUCAUUGUUAGAAAUCUAGGGAAUUUUAGGAAUUUAUUGUCUUAGAAUUCCUGGGUGGAGACCCAACAAUGGUGACAUUGUUGAGGAAGAACUAUAAAGAAAGGUUAGAGUUCAAUGUCUGAAUAGCAUUCUUAAAUAUUGCAGAACACAGAGAAGGCCAUAUACAUGGAGGCUGAUUUUUAGGUAGAAAACGAAAAAAGAGAAUUAGUAACAAGAAGAGCUUUUUAACAUGAAGAUCCAAGGCAAGUAUUUAUAUCCAUCAUUUUUAUCUAUCAAGUAGAAGUUUAUGCCCUUAGAACUAAGCUAAUAAUAAUAAUAAUAAUAAUAAUAAUAAACAUUUAAACACCCAAUAUUUCAUUAGUGGCAUCAAAAUGUGGGAAACUUUGAAACAUUUUGUUGGCUCUAUCUGAAUUUAAUUUUCUCAUACAUUGCACUUUGACUAAUUAUUCGAGGAGUGGAAUCACAAAGAUGCUUCUCCACAGAGCUCCUUUUACCAACAGUGUAUGGUUAUUUUUGAGCUUCAUACACAGAGAGCAAAGGCAUUAGCAGUGGAAUCGUGAGGUUAUUUCAAAGAGUGUCAGCUUUUGAAGAAAAAAAAAAUGUACCAAGGAAUCAUCUUUGGAUUGACUCAUUUGAAUUUGUUUCCCAGUUACUUUUCUUUCCAACAGAUUGUGGAAAUCAUGGCUAAUACCCCUCAGCUGACUUAGUCCUAAGCAUCAUUAGCAAAUUUUGUAAAAGCAGACAUGUCUGUCCUUAACUGAAUGGAUCCCUUAUUUAAUCAAUGGGUCUUAGCCUGAUGUCUGCUGAAACAUCAAAAUAGUGUCUGUGCCUAGCAAAGUAAUAACAUAUUCUUAUACUUACUCUUUUCUUGUCCAGGUUACUUUUUCAAAAAUGCUCUUUGAGAGGAAGCUUAGUAUUAUAGAAAGGAAAGUGAGCAGAAAGAAAAAUUUGGGGACCCCGAGUAUGUCAUUAAAUAUCUUAGUGGCUUCUCCUCCUAUGGAGUUUAUUAAACCCUGUGUGCCUCGUAGGAUUCGUGUCAAGCUCAAAAGAGAAUCUAUCUAAGAAAUUGGUUUGUAAAUUAUUUUCCAUUUCAUAAACGGGCACUAUUAUCAUAGGCUAAGAAUAAUAAAAAAAUUACAGUAAUAAUUUAAACCACUUGUGAGAAGAAGUGUCAUAGCAGGGGCAAAACACUAAUUGUAGUCGUGGGUACUGGAAGCUAUCGGUGGUUAGCAACUUGAGGUCAUUGUGUGUGAUUGAAAAAGUUUAAUAUAGCUCAAGUUAUUGAGAAAAUAAGAGUUCUAUUUCAUUUUGUAUGUCAUCUUGUAUUUCUUCCAAGGAGUCCAAUUACAUUCUAGAUAGUAUAUUACAACUUGGUCAAAUCGUCCUUGUACAAAUAGGGCUUUUGUGUCCAUAGCCUUGUAAAAGAUACCGACUGCAUCUGAAAAUAUCUAAGAGAUAUGUUACCCUGCUUAAUGUGUUACAAAUAGACAAUGUUCUAACCUAACACUGAAGUGCUUCACUGUAUUCGACAGUCUACCUUUAAGUGAUACUAUUCUCAUUUUUAGGCUAAGCACUUUUGGUUGUUUUGUCUGUCAUCUACACAGAUCUCUGUUUUGUCUAGUGCUAUGAAUGUAAAUUAAAACCUUAAACAUGGAGUUUUUAUUCUCUGUGCCCCUAAGUAGACUGUGGUGCCUGACAAACACUGUUAGAUCAUUAUUUUGUUGUACCAAAGCUCUAGUGGCUUCAGAAAUCAUAGCAUCCAAUGAUUUUGUGGUGUCUGGGUUUGAAUACCAUGGUGGAGAAACUGUAUUCAGUGAUUGUUCCUGCACAUUUUUCAAUAAUAAAAAUGCAUUUUUAUCAGUUA